GCCGAAGCAGCGGCUUUCAUCCUCAGGGACCUUCUCAUCCCUCGUAUGAACAAAGCGGAGCGAUGUUCGCUCCCAACCGUCCUCAAGGAAGGAGCCGACCUCCCGGCCACCACCAUCACGGCCUUGCUCAUUUGCACGGAGGGCUGCUUCAAGUGUCCGCAG